GUGAUUCUGCUGUCAUGACCGUGGAUCAUAAGCAGGGUGCGGUGUGCAUCUUUGGCACAGGAGACUUCGGCCGCUCACUGGGGCUUCGUCUGCUCCAGGCAGGAUAUGAGGUCGUGUUCGGCUCACGUAACCCCAAAAACUCGGCCCUGGUGCCCCAGGGUUCAAAGGUCAUGACCCACACAGAGGCAGCUAGGACGGCUCAGGUGAUCUUCAUAGCCGUGCAGCGGGAUCACUAUGAGUUCCUGACCUCUCUGACCCCUGCUCUGGAGGGCAAGGUGCUGGUGGACAUCAGCAACAACCUGAAGAGGGGCCAGUUCCCACAAUCCAACGCUGAGUACCUGAGCAGCCUGGUGCCGGGAGCGUCCGUGGUGAAAGGCUUCAACACCGUGUCAGCCUGGGCCCUGCAGUCAGGGGCGCUGGACGCCAGCCGACAGGUACUGCUGUGUGGGGAUGACCCUCAGGCUAAGCAGGCAGUAGUGAACAUUGCCCACAGUCUGGGGCUGACUACCCAGGACAGGGGCUCCCUUCGUGCGGCUGGGGAGGUGGAGGACAUCCCC